AUGGCACGCUCGAGCUCACCAGAAGACUCGCCUGCUCCGCCAGACGAGGACCGCCUCGCGCAGCUCGAAGCGCUCCUUGCAGACUCGCUCUUCUCAGCGCCCACUCGUAAUCACCCAGCACCCGCACCGGAAGACGCCGGUUCCCGCCCAACCAAGCGCAAAAAGACAGAGGAGAACGGCGAGGCUGCGCAAGACGCGUCGGAGGCAGGAGCGUUGACGGGAGAGGGAUCUGUCGCUUUCCGCCUGUUCAGCACUCAGAAGACACCGCAGAAGGUCGUAAUCAGGGAGGCAGCGUCGCCAGAGCCUGUUGUCCGCGACCCACGGAUCCGAGAUGUCGACGACGAGUCGCCCGAGGCGCGAAAUCGGCGACGGAAAGCGAUCGCGUCGGUCGCUGUCGACGGAGAGUCUGUCUUGUCGCAGUCUCGCUCUCUUUUCUCCGCCGAUCCGCCCUCGCAUCGCCUUACGCACCGCCUACUCGCCCGUCCGCCCUCUGCUCCCUCCCAUCCGCUCGCCUCCUCCUCUCAUCCCUUCGUCCGCCCCUCAUCCGCAACCCCCGCGCCGACUCUCGCGUUCCUCGACACGCUCCUCCCUCCCUCCUUGCUUACGAAAUCGCCUUUCCCCGUCCCCUGCAUCGAAGACGACGACAAGCUCUCGGCGGAAAAAGACCCGUCCAAGCGGCCUCCAGAGCGACCGCACGACGGCCUGAUCGCGCGUCGACCAUUUGAGGGUGUGUAUGCGCAAGGAGAGGGGAGAAAAGAGCGGAUGCCGAAGCGGAAUGAGGUUAUGCGGCUUGGAAAGGGGACGGGCUUGGGGCGGCUGGUUGUCAGGGCUGUGUACCCUGAGGAGGACGCCAAGCUGGGCAUGGGAGAGGGCAAGAAGCGGAAGAGGGUGUCCAAGGAGCGCAGGGAGAGGGAGAGGGCGAGACGGAGUGCGGUUGAGACGGGAGCGAAGUCGUAG